UUCUUCAGGGAUUUAGAGGGCAUCGCCUGCUCCAGCCCUAAGUACGGCUUCAACACUGUGGACUCCCGCAAAAACCUGUCGGCUGCGGCCAAAAGCCGUCGAUUGGUACGCAAGAGUUCCCUCCCGCAACCGACAGAAAACGGUGCCGGUACCCUGCACCCGAACGUGGGCCUCUGCAAGGCUGAAUCGGUCCAGCUAGUGCUGGACUGCUCACAGGGUUCCGGCAUCUGUUUGGGACCGAAGACGCCAUGCGGCAGGGGCUACAUCAUUGCACAGAUCGUGCCCGACUCUGUGGCAGAACGUUCCGGGUGCCUGCAGAAGGGUGAUCGCAUUCUGGCCGUCAACAAGAUGUACAAUCUGGAUGCGAACACAAUCCGGCAGGUGCUGGGGGAUUUUGGGCCGAAGACGGCGGCCAACCAUUAUCACAACCAGCCGCAGACAACCAACUGGGUGGAGCUGGAGUUGGAGUUCGACGUGGCGGACGCAGUGAUUCCUUCGAGCGGGGUGUUCAACAUUAAGCUGAUCAGACAAAACAAAUGCGGGUUGGGGAUUACUGUUAAUGGGAAUAGUCACGGAUCGUUUGUAAUAUCGGAAGUAAAACCGGGUAGCGCUGCACACAGGACGGGAUCGUUGAGAGCCGGAGAUGUUCUGUUGGCAGUGGACAAUCAUCCCGUUCAGCACUACAAUUUGGAUUUGCUGUUGAAGGAGAGCAAAAACGAGUACAUCACGUUGACCGUGAAGAGAAACUCAUUGCCGGAUUUCCUAUUUGAUGCCCAGCAGAAAACCAAUCUUCUGUACGGCAGUACGGAAGAUAAUGCCUACAUAUACGGAAACAG